AUGGCGGAAGACAUCCCUGGGCCACGAAAGCUACCGCUUCUGGGAAAUCUCUUGGAACUGAACGACGGAACCGGCAGCAUCAUCGGAUCAUUCGAGCGAUUAUGCGACGCAUAUGGACCAAUCUACCAAGUCAGCAUAGCAGGCAGUCGUCGCGUCAUAAUUGGAUCCGCCGACCUAUUGGAGGAGAUGACUGACGAGAAGCGCUUCGUGAAGGUGCCUCCAGAAGUGCGCAGAGGUUCCGACAGGCCGAAGGGAUUGUUUACCGCAACAAAUGAGGACCCGGACUGGGCACAAGGGCAUCGAAUUCUCAUGCCAGCAUUCGCACCACUGUCCGUCCACGAUAUGUUCGCCGAUAUGAAAGACAUCGCGAACCAACUCAUCCUCUCCUGGGCUAGGAAGGGCCCAGAGAACCGCAUUCUGGUCACCGAUGAUCUCACGAAACUCACACUCGACACAAUCGCAUUAUGUACCAUGAGCUACAGAUUCAACUCUUUCUACACCGAAAGUCUGAACCCAUUCGUCGAGGCGAUGAUGGCUACGUUCAAGAUCAACAACGAUCUUGCAACAAAGCCUGCAUUUGUCAAGAAACUGAUGGUAAAGAAGAUGGCAGAGAACGAGAAGCAUUUCGCGUUCAUGAACAAGGUCGGGCUGGAUAUAGUUGAGAAUCGCCGUGCAAAUCCAACCGAGAAGAAAGACGUCCUCAACACAAUGAUCUAUGGCAAAGAUCCGAAGACAGGGCACGUGAUGCGUGACGAUCUUAUCGUGGCCCAGAUGACCACGUUCCUCAUUGCAGGACACGAAACUACCUCUGGCUUACUUUCAUUCGCAAUGGCAAACUUGCUCAAGAAUCCUCACACCUAUCUUAAGGCACAGCAGGAAGUUGAUGCAGUUCUCGGGUCCCGAACUAUCGAGGUGACUGACAUCAAGAACCUCAAGUAUCUGAACGCAGUGCUCCGAGAGACCGCACGACUUACACCGACGGUGCCAUUCCUCCAGAAGCAUGUCAAUCCUCAAGAUACGACUGGGUUUGUGACGGUGGAAAGAGGACGAUACAGGAUCAAGCACGAUGACCAGAUCAUUAUCCUGGUCGGGAAAUGCCAGCGAGACCCGAAAGUCUGGGGAGAAACCGCGUGCGAGUUCAUUCCAGAGCGAAUGUAUGACGAGAACUUCGACAAAGUGAUGGCCGCAUAUCCCGGUGCAUGGAAGCCUUUUGGGAAUGGAAAAAGGGCCUGCAUUGGCCGUCCGUUCGCUUGGCAGGAAUCAAUGCUGGUGAUGGCCAUGAUUCUUCAGAGCUUCGACGUCAAACUCGAUGAUCCGAACUACGAGCUAAAGAUCAAACAAUCACUGACCAUCAAACCCGACGAUUUCUACAUCCGAGUCACGCCUCGGAAGCGGUUGGAUGCAACAGACGUGGACAAGCUGAUUCAUACCGGAGCGAAUGGCAGUGGGACAGCUGAGCUCUCCGACCGGACUCGAGCCCACACGAAUGGAUUCGCAAGCCCAACUCCCUCAGCACCCAAGCCGAUGACGAUACUCUACGGCUCAAACACUGGUACAUGUCAAGCGUUUGCACAGCAGGUUUCAUGCCAGGCAGCCGCGCGUGGCUUCAAUCCCAGGGUUGUAGACAUGGACAGUGCAACCGACGCAAUUCCAAGAUCACACCCAACAGUCUUCAUUACGUCUUCCUAUGAAGGUCUUCCGCCGGAGAACGCAGCCAGAUUCGUCGAGUGGCUUCAGAGCUUGGAAGGUGAAACAUUGACAGACGUUCAGUACACGGUCUUUGGCUGUGGUCAUAAGGAUUGGUCCCGCACUUUUCAUCGCAUUCCCAAGCUCGUGGAUGAGCUUCUUUCUCGACAUGGUGCCAAACGUUACGCACCUGUUGGAUUUGCCGACGCUGCAAAGGGCAACUUGCAGGGCGAGUUCGAGGACUGGCUUGACGCAUCCCUUUGGCCGAAUCUCGUAUCCGCCGCAGAUGACUUGAGCGCGGUGGAGGACUCUGGGAUAGUCGUGGAGUUGUCCGCAAAUGCACGAGCCUCGACUCUUCGUCAUGACGUUGGUGUCGCGCGAGUCCUGGACAACCGUCUUCUCACCCAGCCUGGUGAGCCUGCGAAAUGGCACAUGGACAUCGAGCUUCCGUCAACUGCGACAUACGAGUGCGGAGACUACCUCGCCGUCCUUCCGCUAAACUCGGAGAAAAUCAUUAGGCGUAUCAUGGCUCACUUUGUUUUGCCUUGGGAUGCGAUUGUCACCAUCAGGCCAACAUCGGGUACCAUCCUUCCAACCGAUACCCCUUUGAGCGUCUUCGACGUUCUCAGGAGCUAUUUGGAGCUCAGUCAGCCAGCCACAAAGAAGAAUCUACGCACACUAGCUUCGCACUGCGAGUCGACCGCCGACAAAGCACUUCUCGAAAGCGUUGCGGGCAGCGACACUCGAUAUAAGAACGAAUUCCUCGCCAAACGUACGAGCAUCUUCGACGUGCUUUCGCAUUACACGAGCAUCAAAAUGUCUUUUGGCGAGUUCUUGGUCCUGCUGCCACCUUUACGUGUUCGACAAUACUCUAUCUCAUCCUCACCUCUUGCAAACGAUGGACGUUGUAGCAUCACGUAUGGUGUCAUUAAUGCAGCCCUCCUUUCGGAUCCCGAGCAUCGCUUCGAGGGUGUCACAGGAAACUAUCUGUCGAGUCUGGCUGCGGGUGACAGCAUUCAGGCCUCCGUCAGGGCUGGUGCUAAGAAGGAAUUCCGUUUGCCACUAGAUCCUGAAACUCCGAUUAUCAUGUUCGCCGCAGGCACAGGCAUCGCACCAUUCAGAGGCUUCAUUCAACAGCGCCAGAUCAUGCAAGAAUCAAACCCAGGACGGAAACUUGGGAAGGCUCUGUUCUAUCUCGGUUGCCGGAGCGAGGCGGAUAGAUUGUAUGCCAAAGAGAUGGAUGCAUGGAUUGAUUCCGGUGUUGUCGAUGUGAGGUAUGCAUACAGCCGCGGUGGGGAGAGGAGUGGUGGAAGUAAGUACGUGGCCGAUUGUAUGGUGCGCGAGGAGGACUCAAACAAGAUCAUCAAACUUUGGAGAGCUGGAGCCAGAGUGUACAUAUGCGGAAGCGGUUCAUUCAGCAGAUCUGUGAGGGAUGCAGCGACGACAAUCGCAAAGGCGCGGGCAGCGGCUGAGGGGCUGGAUCUGCAUGCUGGGACAAAUGGCGAGAUGAACGAGGUCGAGCGGAGAUUCCGGGAUGCGUUGACCGAGCGCGUGGCGAGUGAUGUGUUCGACUGA